CUUUCUCUGCGGAGGACCAGGGCAAGUUUCCUGCCUGCACGGCACAAGAGAGCAAACUUCUACAGACAGACCAAGGCUUCCAUUUGCUGCUGACACAUGGAACUGAGGUGAAAUUGUGCUCCAUGAUUUUACAGAUUUCAUAACGUUCAAGAGACAGGACUCAGGUCAUCAAAAUGAAAGCCCUCAUCUUUGCAGCUGCUGGCCUCCUGCUUCUGUUGCCCACUUUUUGUCAGAGGGGCAUGGAAAAUGAUACAAACAACUUGGCAAAGCCAACCUUACCUAUUAAGACCUUUCGUGGAGCUCCCCCAAAUUCUUUUGAAGAGUUCCCCUUUUCUGCCUUAGGAGGCUGGACAGGAGCCACGAUUACUGUAAAAAUUAAGUGCCCUGAAGAAAGUGCUUCACAUCUCCAUGUGAAAAAUGCCACCAUGGAGUAUCUGACCAGCUCCUUAAGUACCAAACUGAUAGCUGCCAUCUACCUCCUGGUGUUUGUAGUUGGUGUCCCGGCCAAUGCCGUGACCCUGUGGAUGCUUUUCUUCAGGACCAGAUCCAUCUGUACCACUGUAUUCUACACCAACCUGGCCAUUGCAGAUUUUCUUUUUUGUGUUACAUUGCCCUUUAAGAUAGCUUAUCAUCUCAAUGGGAACAACUGGGUAUUUGGAGAGGUCCUGUGCUGGGCCACCACAGUCAUCUUCUAUGGCAACAGGUACUGCUCCAUUCUGCUCCUUACCUGCAUCAGCAUCAACCGCUACCUGGCCAUCAUCCAUCCUUUCACCUACCGGGGCCUGCCCAAGCACACCUAUGCGUUAGUAACAUGUGGACUGGUGUGGGUAACAGUUUUCUUAUAUAUGCUGCCAUUUUUCAUCCUGAAGCAGGAAUAUUAUCUUGUUCAGCCAGACAUCACCACCUGCCAUGAUGUUCACAACACAUGUGAGUCCUCGUCUCCCUUCCAACUCUACUACUUCAUCUCCUUGGCAUUCUUUGGAUUCUUAAUUCCAUUUGUGCUUAUCAUCUACUACUACACAGCCAUCAUCCGGACACUUAACACAUAUGAUCAUAGAUGGUUGUGGUAUGUUAAGGCGAGUCUCCUCAUCCUUGUGAUUUUUACCAUUUGCUUUGCUCCAAGCAAUAUUAUACUUAUUAUUCACCAUGCUAACUACUACUACAAUAACACUGAUGGCUUAUAUUUUAUAUAUCUCAUAGCUUUGUGCCUGGGUAGCCUUAACAGUUGCUUAGAUCCAUUCCUUUAUUUUCUCACGUCAAAAAUCAGAAAUCACUCCACUGCUUACCUUACAAAAUAGUGAAAUCAUCUUAGAGAACAAGGACAGCCAUCACAGAGAACGUCUGUUUUCACGGACAACAUAUGCAUAGUGCAAGGAGCUCCAUUUCCGAGCUCCUAAGAAAUAUGCUUCAAAGGUCAAACAUUACAAAAGCAUUAGUAGUUUGUUUGUUUUUUGAGACUGAGUCUCACUUUAUCACCCAGACUGGCGUGCAGUGGCACUAUCUUGGCUCACUAUAACCUCCGCCUCUCAGGUCAGCCUCCCAAGUAGCUGGGAUUACACCACCACGCCCAACUAAUUUUUGUAUUUUUAGUAGAGAUGGGGUUUCACCAUGUUGGCCAGGCUGGUCUUGAACUCCUGACCUCAAGUGAUCUUCCGGCCUCAGCCUCCCAAAGUGCUGGGAUUACAGGCGUGAGCCACUGAGCCAGCCAGCAUUAGUAAUUUUUAAAAACACUUUAUCAGUAUUUUAAAAAUGUUAAUGCAGGAGAAAAGAUAUCACAACUCUUUAUGGAAAAUGACAUUUCCAUUUGCCUUAUUGCUACUUCAAGCUCUUUAAAUUGCCAUCUUCCCUAUUUCUGUGAGUGGUAUUGCCAUCCUUGACAUUUGACAUCAUUUUUUAUUCUUUGGUCUCUUUUGACUUUCAUGCUGCCUGCCUCAUCGACUGAUUCUAUCUUUGUAGGGUCCCUCACCAGGGUCUUUUAUCUAGUUUCACCUUUGCCUUCUUUUUUCUUUUUUUUUUUUUUUAAUAGAGACAGUGUCUCGCUUCGUCACCUGGCUGAAGUGCAGUGGCCUGAUCAUAGCUCACUUCAGCCUCCAACUCCUGGGCUCAAGCAAUCCUGCUGUCUCAGCCUCCCAAGUAACUAGGACUACAGGCAUGCACCACCAUACCCAACUAAUUUUAUUUUUUAUUUUUUGCAGAGAUGGGGUCUCACUGUUGCCCAGGCUGGUCUUGAACUCCUGGUCUCAAGUGAUCUUCCUAUCUCAGCCUCCCAAAGUGCUGGGACUACAGGCAUGAGCCACUAUGCCCAGCCCACCUCUACCUUCUAACCAUUCUUUCCACUGCCAGCCUACCCUCCACUUCGUAAGUCCUGCCAGAUUAAUCUUCCUUAGAUAUCAGUUAGGAUACAUCACUAAAACGUCUCCACUAACUCCACUGCUUCUAUAAUAAAUCAUAAAUCUUUAGCCUGGCAUUCAAGGCUAACUUGCUAAUCCAACUUCCCAUUAAACCUUGCUUGUGAUAUAGGCACCAACCAAACCUCUUGCUCUGCUGUAUCUCCACUCUGCCUCCGACUGAAAAGCUAGUCCUAACAUCUUUGCCUUAAUUCUGUCCAUUUUUUCAAGUCCUUGAAGGACCAUUCCUUCCCUGAUUCUCAGGCUAGAAGUGUCACUUUUCUUAUCUGUACUUCCAAAGCACUUUCGUAUACUUUUUAUUAUGGCAUUUAUAUAUAGUCCAUUUAUAUUUAAAUUUUAAUUCCAUGAACAAUCAAGUACCAUGUAUAAUGGAGAAGGUGCUCAUCCUCUCCCUUCCUUGAGCUUCUGGGUGAUGCCAGGCCCAAGUCUUUGUGGCACCCAGCUCCAUGCUUUGAAUACUAUGUGGCUGAAUGAAUUUUUAAAAUCUCAAAGCAGUUAAACAGCAGGAAAGCCCAUUAACUUCAUAUUGAAAAAGCAACAUACUGUGAUGAUACAGGAUGAUAUCAUUUCAGGUUGGGCAUACAAAAAAAUAAGGAAGCUAAACUAAGACUAUACUCACAAGGCCAUUUAGAAGUUUUAAAUAAUGCCUCCACUAUUUUUUUUCUUAGACAUAGCUUUUAAUGGGGAAAUGGAAUUUUGUUAUUAAUACCCAUUAUAUUCCUGUAAGUAAAUAAAUGACUAUUUUUCCCUUAACUCAGUGAUUAGACAGGAGGGGAGAUAUUAGUGAUUAGACAGGAGGGAAGAUAUUAGUGAUUAGACAGCAGGGAAGAUAUUAGUGGUAAAGAGUGAAUGAUAGUAGUGAAUAUAAAUGGGGCUGAGGAAACUUUAAGCUUAAAGGAUUCCUGAGAUGAAUUUACAAGUCUGUAGGAAUCUGCCUUGACUGUAUAUUUCGUACUGCCCAACAAAACAAUAAAAAACAAUUUUAAAUGCAUAUUUUUAAAUGUACAUAGUUUUCUAUUUCAUUGGACUUAAGUAAAAAGUUUCCACAUGAAGACCCUUUAUAAUAUGUGUGUGACUAUGCAAAGAGCAAAACUCAGGUAAACACUAAAGGGAGAAUGAAAAACAAACCUAAAGUAAGUUUCAAGAAGAUAAAAACUUAAAUGGAGGGAACUGACUUCUAAAAAUUAAGUCAUCAAUUACAACACAGUUUUACCUAGGGAAAAAAUACAGCAAUAUUCAUUAAAAGCACACAGUUUUUAUGGUAAAUACAAGGAGCAAAACAGAACUUUUUGGUGGAGUAUAAUUCAUAUGUUCACAAGCAAAACCUUCAGUUGCAAAAUAGCACACCACCCAGUGAACAGACAUAGAAAAAGUGUUAAAGUCAACACGACCAUUACUCAAGUCUCUUUCCAAGAGGCAAAAGGAAUUUGGUAGCUACACAAGGUUAUACUUGAAAUACUGCUAAAGAGGACCAAGAAUCCUCACCAACUUCCAUUACUGUCCUCCAUCUUUGAUAAAACUGGACAUCCAUUCUAUGAAGAUGUUACCCAUUGUAACCUUUAAUGGCUGUACGCUUUGGCACAGUUUUACUUUAUACUGAUAAUACCAGCAAUACAAUUUUCUUCCAUUAUUUUCCAAGGCCAGACCUUGGGAAGACAAGGCACAGAAAUACCAUCAUAAACACACAACUGGAAACUUCUAGGAAUCAAAAUAGUAGAGGAUGCUGAAUGUGGUGGCUUGUGCCUAUAAUCCCAGCUACUUGAGAGGCUGAGGUGGGAGGAUCACUUGGCCCAGGAGUUUGAGACCAGCCUUGGCAACAUAGCAAGAUCCUGUCUCCAAAAAAAAAAAAAAAAAAAAGCAGAGGGGGAAAACAAAGACAUUAAAGACACUGCCAAACAACAGAAUUAGGAUUUUUCCAAGAAAAAAAGAACAGGCUGAGAAAAAGAAAGUUUCAAAGUCAAUGAACAGAGAAAGAAAACUGCUUAAAAACAGGAAUUUAACCAAAUAUGAUUUAUUGCUUGGACCUGCAGUAUUUUACAUCUGUUUAAAUCCAUUAGUAAUUGCCAGUAUAUUUCAAACCUCUAACUAUAGUCUAACAGUGGUUUAAUGCCUGAACUAGAACUCAGAUUCCUAGGCUCCAUAUUAAUGCUCUAAUCACACCAUGAAAGCUACUGUUUCCGCACCUAGAAAGGAUACCUGACACAGAGAUGGCAUGGUGUGGACACUCAAAGGCUUCUUUCAAAGGACUCCUAUGGAGUUCCAUCUCAAUCUAGAUGGGAAUGCUCAGUCUAGAAGUGACCUAUACUGCCUGCCUAUGAAAGGUCUUGGGUUUGUGGAGUCAGGCUCACCUCAAAGACAAACCCCCAUGUGGCUGUGGGCAGCCACGGACCUAGGUCUGUCUCUAUUUGUCCUCAGAAGAUCCCGACUUUGGUGUGUGAAUACAGCAGACUCUACAUCUAGUAAGAACCUUGAGGCCAGGUGUGGUGGCUCACGCCUGUAAUCCUAGCACUUUGGGAAGCCGAGGCAGGUGGAUAACCUGAGGUCAGGAGUUCAACACCAGCCUGGACAACAUGGUGAAACCUCAUCUCUACAAAAUACAAAAAUUAGCUGGGCAUGAUGGCAGGUGCCUGUAGUCCCUGCUACUUGGGAGGCUGAGGCAGGAGAACUGAUUGAACCUGGGAGGUGGAGGUU